CAGAUUUCAAGCGGAGUGUAAGAUUCUGCUUUUCUUAACCCCGAAGAGCAAAUAAAUGAGACUUGGGAAUACUGUUGUAACAUAACGUCAACGUUCUGGAAAUUUUUGUCUAGAAUAAAAUAGAAUUAUGGAUCAUUUUUGUUUAAUGCCUCCGGCGGCUUUCAGUGACCUACUGCUGUUUGCGCUUGUAAGGCUUGAGGAACGAGAAAUCCGGCUUAUCUGAAGGGAAAAGCCGAGUCAAACAGAUUUUAAUGUAAUGUAAAUGAACGAGUCGUUGAUCCCGUUUGGACAGAAAUCUUCAAAAAGACUAAAGCCCAAUUGUUUCCUUUGGGAAGGCGCACACCCUGAAAAGCGGAGCUUACAGAUGAUGAGUCUGUUACUAAUGGUUUUUCUUACCUCGUCCUCCACAAAUCGGUUAAAACGUUGUUUGCUCACCAGGCUACACGAGCAAAGGAAAAUAACAACAAACAAACCGUUAAGUCUCUCGUGAGAAUUAAUAUAAAAACAGCGUUUGCUCGGUCGACUGGCAAGACACACUAAACCUGUUUGAUAACUAACGUUAACACUUUAGUGAGCUUUGAUAAACUCUACUUUAAUUCAGCUAGGAUUUGGCGCAUGCUGUUUGCUUAACUGGCGUGACCAGACAGUGUGGUUCAUUCUGUUCUUUCUCAGCUGUGUUUCAAUCCCUCCUCUAAACUGUCUGUAACGUUAGUUGGAAAUCUCUCCGCGCGCUUCUUGAAUAUGAAUCUUGCGACCGCCCACGAGCAGAGGGGCGGGUCGAGUCCCAUAGCUGAACUAUGAAAGAGAGAGAGCUUCAAUUUGACUCGGACACAUUCAGCGUAGGUAGUUCGGUUUGCAUCUUGACCACUGGGAAAAAAAUCAAACCGGACUUCACUAGGAUUUCUAAACGACAGAAGAGCAAAAUGACAGCAAGCAGGAUUUUUCUUCUAAUAUUCGUCAUGUCUUUGGCCGUGAUUUAUCCAUGCACAGGAAUAUCAUGGCUCGGUUUAACGGUAAACGGCAGCUCGGUGGGGUGGAAUCAGACGCAUCAUUGUAAACUGCUGGAUGGACUCGUGCCAGAUCAGCUGCAGCUCUGCAAACGAAACCUCGAGCUCAUGCACAGCAUCGUGCACGCGGCCAGACUCACCAAGAGCGCGUGCCAGAGCUCCUUCAGCGACAUGCGCUGGAACUGCUCCUCCAUUGAGAGCGCGCCUCACUUCACCCCAGACCUGGCUAAAGGGACCCGCGAGGCAGCGUUUGUGUUCUCUCUGGCCGCUGCAGUGGUCAGUCAUGCCAUCGCCCGUGCCUGUGCUUCCGGAGAGCUCCCUAGCUGUUCCUGUGCGCCAGCGCCCUCAGAGCAGGCAGCCCCAGACUUCCGCUGGGGUGGCUGCGGAGAUAAUGUGCGCUACGGCCUGCAGAUGGGUUCGGCUUUCUCAGACGCACUCAUGAGGAACCGCCGCUCAGGACCACAGGCCUUCAGACUCAUGCAGCUUCACAACAAUGCAGUGGGAAGACAGGCACUCAUGGAUGCUCUAGAGAUGAAGUGCAAAUGCCAUGGUGUUUCUGGCUCCUGCUCUGUGAAGACCUGCUGGAAGGGCCUUCAAGACAUCAACAGCAUCUCAGCUGACCUCAAGUCUAAAUACCUGUCGGCCAUCAAGGUAAUUCCACGUCAAAUUGGCACCCGCCGACAGCUAGUCCCCCGUGAGAUGGAGGUCAGGCCGGUCGGAGAGAAUGAACUUGUUUAUCUAGUCAGCUCGCCCGAUUACUGCUCACAGAACGCCAAGCAGGGGUCAUUCGGAACCACAGACAGGCAGUGUAACAAGACUGUGACCGGCAGUGAGAGCUGUGGACUCAUGUGUUGUGGACGAGGGUAUAAUGCCUAUACAGAGGUGCUGGCGGAGCGCUGCCAGUGUAAAUAUCACUGGUGCUGUUACGUGUCCUGCAAAACCUGCCAUCGCACUAUUGAGAGAUAUGUCUGCAAGUGAUAAGCCACCCUUAUGGACUGUCUUCAUUGACAGAGAGAAGGAGGCAGGGUGCAGUGCUGGAUGAAUGUGUAUGAUCUUUUUAGAGCCAUAAGUGAGUGGAUAAUCCUCUCGGAGUGCUGUAAGGAUGGCAUGUAAGUGGAGAAAGAAGAGCUGGAGUUGAGGAAUACGGGAUGGUGAAAGACUUAAUGAAUGGCUGUAAACAAAGAACCCUGCGGUGAGGCCCUCAAGACACCCCACAGAAAAGCAGAGUGAUAAGUAGUGGCCACUCACAGCAAAACUCAUCAACUCUGGCACAGAGAAAGAGAUUGGGGGGAGGGUAGGACUGUGCUGGUGAAGAGUAAUACUUUACACAUUGCUGAUCUAUUCAGAUCUGUUUUGGGGCCAGUUGCAUAAAAUGUUUAGAUUGACAAGUUAGUCAUCUAAUUUUUUUCGUUAAGACUGGUCUUUUUUUAAAUUCAGUUACAUAAGAAGCGUAGAUUAGUCUAAGUUGAAUCCAAAAAUAAGACUCGUACAAAAAAAAACAACUCAUACUUAAGACACAACAGAGGCUAAAUUUAUGCAACUGGCCCUUGGUCAGAUAAAUUUCAAAGGUUCCACAGAAGCAAGAGAUGGAAAUCAAACUGUUCGGUUUGGUUGACUUCAGAAGUUCUAUGCACUCAGUACUGAUUAUGAAAGAUUUGAUGACACCAUUGUAUUCCAUUGUAUUUGUAAAAAGAAGGAUGAAGGCCAUGCCUUUCACCCUGGGAAAUUUGUAAAUUUUCUGUAAAAAUGAAAAAUUUUAUUUAUUUUAUUAAAAUAUUUAAUGUGAAA